UCUUCGAUAUCGCAUCGAAUUCUCGCAGUGUCCGGGAAAAUUCCCAGUUUUAGCGUGAGAUUGUGUGGAAAUUCGCGCAGUAGUAAGUGCAAUUGCGAGUGGACUUACCACCGCACAGUCUUCUGCGGCGUUUCUUGCCAUCCUGUGUGAUUGCGGUGCGAAAGAUUGGGGUCAAAGUUGGUGUGUGGGUGUCGCGAGUGCAUCUGUCAGUAUCCGUGGCAGAGGGAUUGAGGUUAGGUGUGGUGAAAGUGUGACGAUCUUGUGCGUGAGGACUCUUCCUGCUGCUUGUGUGGCCGUCAGCAGUGCCCCACUUGGGCUUCAGCUCUAUCCUCGGCAGGCAAAGGAGGAGCUGUGAGUGCAAUUGCACGCCCAUCCGCGGUGGUGAGAUGUGGAGUUGGGCGUGAAGAGUGAGUGAAAGGCAGGUGAGAAAAGUGCCAGGAGACGCUCCCGGAAGCAUGGAGGACCGAUUGAAUCUGGGCCGGGAGGUGAGGGAGCUCAAAUUGGGGACAACAUUCACAAAUCCUGGCGCUGGGACGUCAUUUCACACCUUGAAAUAUGAUUUCAAGCCCGCCAGUGUGGAUCCCACGAAGAUGGCCAUCCUGAAUGUGGGCAGCAGUAAUCAGGUUACCGUCACAGUGCCCCAUCUGGACGGCUCGGGCGUGCCCAAGACGGUGUUCAAGGGCAAUCAGAAGAACUACACGAAGGAGUGCGUGUUGAUCGUGGACAAAAACACAGGACAAGUGACGCUGGAGAGACUCCAUCACAACAUACAGGUGAAGAAGACGCGCUCAGAGGCAACUACCAAGAGUGUGCCCCCCGUUGUACCCAAGAUCGUCACCGAGAAUAUCACGCAGCGAACGUCGUCCAAGACGAAAGUCUCCACUGGCGUCCGGAAGAAUGCAAUAACCGGUUUCGUGCCCAAGAAUUCCCCUCAUCAGGGAUCGCCAUCGUAUCAGCACCACAAGAGUCCCCAAUCGGCCCCAGCAUGGAAUGCCAACAAUGGACAGUCGACGCUGCCCAGCAUCCCGAUGAUCGGCCUCGAUGAUGAUCUCGUGCCGCCAGCCAUGAACGCGGCCUCGACGGCCAGCCAGAGCUCCUCAGUGGGCGCCUCCAUGCCGAUCGUGGCCGUCGAGCCGCCGCCCGACUUUCCACCCGCCCCGUCCGGCGCCGCGGCACAGAACGCGGCCGCGAGCGGCAACAGCAUAGCCGAGCCAGACAUCCUCUCGUCCUCCGACACGUCCUCGGACUCGAGCAGCGGCAGCGACUCGGACUCGGACAGCACGCAGAGUUCGCCCGGAAGGGGGAACUCGCCGGACAAUCAGCUGGAGAACGGCGUGCUGCCCAACCACUUGAUCAGCCUCAGCCGGGAUCUCUGCCUGUCGGAGUCCAACUCAGAUUCAGAUGACGACUAACUUAUUCUCGUGCUCCACAGGAGAUUUUUCUAAUGUAUAAUGUUUCUGUGUUUAUCUUUUUGAUAAAAUUGGGGUUUCAGUAAUCAAGACAUUUUAGGCAAAACAAGAAAUGUAUUGCAAAUGAAAAUCAAAGUGUUUUUUUUCUUGCUGCGCGCGGGCGAAAGUCAAAUAAAAUGGUAAGUCAGCUAUAAUUCAGAAUAUUCACUCGGUCAUAAUUGAUAUUAAUUACUUUAUGUAUUACAAGUUAUUUCCCACUCAUCGAUUCCCAACAUAAUUUGCGACAUUGUUUGGCUUGCGCGCUGCACUUAAAGGAUUUAAAAGAGGAUAAUCGUGUAAAUCGAGGUAUAACUUUCUUUGGCGUGUGAAUCAGCUUACGAACGGCAUUUCGCACUACAUUCUCUAAUGCUUAUCAUCCCUUCUCUUUUUUUAUCUUAUCAGAUAUAAACAAUAAAGCCUUCAAAAGAUUGUUGAAUUCAUACUAUUGCUCUUCAAGUGUUUAUUGCCGAGAUAUGAGGAUGGAAGAGUCAGUCUUUUCCCACCAUUCGCGCGCUCUUCAGUGAAUUCUUUUCCUUAAAAAAGUCACCCUUCAGAGACUCUUCUGGUUCUUUCGGGAGAUUCACUAAAGUCUGGUGUAUUCUAAUUUAGUCAGAUUUACCAGAAAUACUCAUUAUAGAAGCCUAGAGAGGCUUUGGAAGAACAGCUAUAGAAGAUAGAAGUGUGACUCAUCUGUUGGGAAUUCAUCACUUCAAGUGAAAAGGCAUGGAUUUGCAGAACCAAAUAUACAUUUUGGCCGGCGUUUUCGGUGGCGUGUCUCUUUUGCUGCUCAUGUUUGUCUGCUAUCUCAUGUUCAGUCUCUUUGAGAUGCACAACCUCCUGAAGUCCCGCAACAGAUCAGACUCCAGAGAUCCCAGGGAUCCCAGGUAAGCUCCACAAAAGCAUAGUGGCACAUAAAAUGAGAACCAUUCUAUUCUUCAAUUAGUUUAUAGGCGAUCAUUUGUCGGAAUUUACUAAGCCACUGCUUGUCUUAUCAAAUUUCCUCCAGUAA